CUUAUCUAUAGUCUAUCCAUGUCUUUAUUAUCUGUGAUAUUGGCCUACAGCUGCCUAUUACUGAUAACCGAUGGAAUAGCUUUUGUAUUUGUGAGCCAGUGAAAUAUAUAAUGUAGUCAUUAGAACUUUGUUCGGAAUUUAUGUUUCGUGGGUUAUUAUUUUCGAUUACAACUAGUUAAUUUUGUUUUAGAAAAAAUCAAAAAUUCGCUUAGAAAUCAAUAUGGGUAUGUUAUUUGGAAAACCCAAAGUCAGCCGAAUUACCGAACAUGAUCGAGCAAUCCUGGUAAUAACUAGUACAAUAAUAUUGCGUCUUUAUUUUAUUUGUAUGUCAUAAGUGUCUAACACUGUAUAAUGUUUUAGAAGUAAAUUUAUAUUUUUCGCUAUUUUUUUUUAAAAUUAUCCAUUUUUGAAAUAUUGUUUUAAAAUAAUUUUACAGCAAAUGAAACAACAAAGGGACACUUUAAAACGAUAUCAACAACGAGUUGAAAAUUUACUAGAAAAAGAAAGAGAACUGGCCAAAAAACUGCUGUCCGAGAACAAAAGAGAGUAUGUCAGGAAUAUUAUUAAUUAUUAAAUCUAAAUGUACCUACCUUAAGUACUCAACUGUAUUGGAUAGGUUUAAAAUAAGUAAUUUUUAUUUUUAACGUCCUACCCCAUUUAACCGAUGAUAAAUAUUUUUAUUCUGCUUUAUAAAGAUUUAUCAUAUAUAUAUAUAUAUAUUUGGUUAAUGAUUUCUUGUUUAUUAUAAAUCAUAUUUUAAUGUGUUGUUGUUAAUUAGAAAUCUAUCUAAUUAUCAUUUAGCUCUAUUCAAGUUAAAUAAAGUCAUAAAUUAUAUUGGAUUUUUAUUGGGAUAACUGAAUUCAACUAGUCCAGUCAAUGCUAUUUCUCAAAGUAUAAAAAGUUAAUUAGCAAAAUAUAAAAACAACUUUUUAGCUUUUUUUAUAUAAUAUAUAUAAGUUUGAACUAUACUUAUAUAUUCAAUUAUACUUGAAAUUUAUACAUUUCAAUGGGCUAACUUAUAAUCAACUAUUAUUUUAUAUGUUAGUAAAGAAAUUUAUAUGAUUUAGUAAUUUCUAAUUAAUAUUGAAUAGGUAUUAAGAUUUUUUUUUCAAUAAAUAUAACAAUGAAUUAAUGAAUAUGUUUUUAAUUCUACUGAAUAUUGUGUAAUCAUUUUAGAAAAGCAAAAUUAUUGCUGAGAAAAAAGAAAUUCCAAACAGAACAGUUAGAUCGUACCGAAGCAGCUUUAGACACUGUUGAAAAAUUAAUACAAGAUUUAGAAUAUACCCUAAUUGAGACCAAAGUAUAUUUACUAAUCAUAUUAUUACGUACUAUUAUUUUUUUUUUUUUAACAAAAUUGAAUUUAAAAUGUAUUUAUAUAGGUUAUUGAAGGUCUUAAGGCAGGGAAUAUAGCCCUCAAAAAAGCUAAUGAAUUGUUAAAUGUUGAACAAAUCGAACAGCUUUUGGACGAAACUAAAGAAGGAAUCGAUAAGCAAAGAGUAAAUUAUUAUAGUUUAAAGUGCUUUGUUACAAUUUCAAAAAAAUAUUUAAAAUAUUUUUUCAAACAGGAAAUAAGUGAUUUACUCAGUGGAGCUUUGUCAUCUGAAGAUGAGGAAUUAGUCGAAGCUGAAUUAAAUGAACUUAUUUCUGUGGAACAUCAAAAAGUGAUUGACAUGCUACCAACUAUACCAUCUGAAGAUUUACCGUCUACUGUACCAGGUAAUAUUUAAUAUCAUAAAUAAAUAAAUAUUUAAUCAUACUUUAUGUAUUAAAAUUUAUGUUUGUUUGAUGUAGAAAAUAAAGAAGAAAAGUUGCCUGAAAAGAAGAUUGCAAUAGAAGCAUAAUGAAAUUAAUAAUCUCGCUCUGUUAAAAUAUCCACUCAAUAAAAUAAGGGUUAUAUUUUUUUUGUUGUUUUAUCUAUUUAAACUUUUAUUUUCCAUCCGUUAUUGUAUAUAAUAUAUUAAUAAAUAUAUGUUUAACAGAAAUACUUGUUACCUACUUAAAAUGUAUUUAUUAAAUUAAAAUAAAGUUUUUUUUAAAAAAAUAUGAGUUCAUUCUUAAUUUUGAACUUAAAACUGUUUAAUAAAGAAAAGCUAAUAUUUUUUUCACUUCAAUUUAGACAGUUAUACAAAACUACAGCAAAAACCUUGUUAAGACUUUCUGUAAGAGAUCAUAAAACCACAUAUUGUGCGGGAUGGC